GACUCCCCCAUCAGCACUGCCCGUGCUCUCCAAACACCCAUCCCAAAACCCUCAACCCGUGCCCAGCCCAUCACCAUCCCGCUUCCAUCCUGUCCCGGCCGCUGCCCACCACUCACCGCGGAGGAAACGCCAAAUCCUCUCUGCCAUCCUCGGACACAUGGAUCCCCUGGCAGCCGGGUGGGCUGGCACGGCUCCCCCGCCCCCGCCGCACAUCUGGGCAGCUGUGGUGCCCCGGCAGCGCUGACAUCAGCGCGGUUUCCUGCCCGCCGCCGUGCGCGCAGCCCCGAGCCCGGAGCCCCGCGGGCUGCGAGCCCCAGGCAGCCCCGGGACCCCCCAGACACACCCCGGGAGCCAUGGAGUCGGUGGCCCUGUACAGCUUCCAGGCGACGGAGAAGGACGAGCUGCCCUUCCAGAAAGGGGACACCCUGAAGAUCCUCAACAUGGAAGAUGACCAGAACUGGUACAAGGCUGAGCUGUUCGGCUGCGAGGGCUUUGUCCCCAAAAACUACAUCAAGGUCAAGCCACACCCGUGGUACGCGGGCAGGAUCUCCCGGCAGCUGGCAGAGGAGCGGCUGCUCCAGCGCAAUCACCUGGGAGCCUUCCUGAUCCGCGACAGCGAGAGCGCCCCGGGCGAGUUCUCCCUCUCCGUCAGCUACGGGAAGCACGUCCAGCACUUCAAGGUGCUCAGGGAGAGGAACGGCAAAUAUUUCCUCUGGGAGGAAAAGUUCAACUCCCUCAACGAGCUGGUGGAUUUCUACAGGACCACCACCAUCGCCAAAGAGCAGCAGCUUUUCCUGUGCGACGAGGACCACACCCAGGAGGUGAAGAGACCCCGAUUCGUGCAAGCCCAGUUCGACUUCUCAGCCCACGAGGGCUCCCAGCUGCCCUUCCUGCGUGGGGACAUCAUUGAGGUCCUGGACUGCCCCGACCCCAACUGGUGGCAGGGGAAGAUCUACGGCCGGGUGGGGCUCUUCCCCCGGAGCUACGUCCGGCCCCUCCGCAAGUGACCUCGCCACGGCGACCCGGCAGGAUCCGGCCCCUUGUCCCACCCACACAGACUGCCUGAGCGUCCCUUUGUCCCCAGGGUGGUGCCUGGCAGCCCUGUGACACCCUGGAACCUCAGCUGGAGCCCCCAGAGCUCUGUGAGCUGCGGCAGCGCUGCUCCCCCAGGGAGGGAGCGUGGAGUGUUCAACCACGGCCAGAAAAACUUUCCCAGAGCCACAAUCCAGUGGGAUGACAGCAACAGAGGGACUGAGCCCCAAACCCCAAACCUUGACUCCUCUCCAGAUCCCCUAAGCAAAGCCCCAGCUCCAGGGAGGGCUGCAGGCAGCCAGGACACAACCAGGAUCCAUAACUCCACGGAGGAAUUCCAGGACCCAGGGUACCAGGGAAGGCUGAUCCAGAGGGAUUCCAUCCCGCAGGUGCUGCUCAUAGCUGCAAAUUUUGGAGCUUUUUUAUAUUAUUUUUUUAUUUAGGGCCAGUAAAAUGUGUUUGAGUUUUGCCCUCGAGUGUGGCUGCUCCUUUUCUAUCACUGCCAAGGUGGUCCUGUCCCUGCAUUCACUCAGAUGCUGCUUCACUGUGGUUUUGUUUCCCUGCAGCCCUCAUUUCCCCACCUCAUUGUC